CUUCUCGUGUCGGGCAACUACACCAUACAAGGAGUCAUGCCUCCCCAAUCGCAGCCCCAACCACCAGCUCCACCACCAGGUUCAGGUCUCAAUGUCAUUGCGCUUAUCUCUGGCGGGAAAGACUCGCUCUAUUCGCUCCUUCACUGCAUCCGCAACGGCCACAAAGUGGUCGCAUUAGCGAACCUGCACCCAGCAGCCAGGAAGCAGCAAACUGUCCCCACCACACCACCACCAUCAUCGCCCUCGUCUAUCCCGCCACAAGAUGUCGCAGAAGAAGAGGAACAAGACCUCGACAGCUUCAUGUACCAAACCAUCGGCCACAGCAUUAUCCCUCUCUACGAGACCGCCCUCGGCAUCCCGCUUUACCGCCAACCCAUCCGCGGCGGCGCGGUCGACACGUCUCGAAUCUACCGACUCCAAGCUGAGGAUCAGAUGGCCGAGUCCGCUGUCGUUCUCGACGGUAACUGCAACCAUCACCGCCACCACCCAAACAACGAGGAACCCGAGGAGGACGAAACUGAGUCUCUGAUCCCGCUCCUGAGACGGAUCAUGCAGGCCCACCCGGAGGCCAACGCCGUCUCCGCGGGCGCUAUCCUCUCGACCUACCAGCGCACCCGCAUCGAGAACGUGGCCGCCCGGUUGGGCCUGGUGCCCCUGGCCUGGUUGUGGCAGUACCCCCUGCUACCGGAUCGGCGACGGGCGCCGGAGGCAGGUCUGCUGGAGGAUAUGGCUGCUGCCGGAUGCGAGGCAAGGAUCAUCAAGGUGGCGUCGGGUGGGUUGGAUGAGGGAUUUCUCUGGGGGGAUGUGGCCGCUGCAGACGGGCGGGUGCGGGCCCGGAUCGUCAAGGGGAUGCGGAGGUUUGCGGACGCUGGGGAUCUCAGAGGCGCGGUUCUGGGAGAGGGCGGCGAGUAUGAGACUUUGGCGUUAGAUGGGCCGUCGUGGUUGUGGAAGUCCAAGAUCGAGGUUGCUGGGUGGGAGGGGUGUGUGGGGGAUGGCGGUGUUGGGUUCGUGAAGUUGAAGGGAGCGACGUGUGUGGGUAAGGAGGGUGGAGAGGGGGACGCUUCCAGCGGUCCAGAGAGUGUGAGGCGACCGGACCUGUUAGAUGAGCGUUUUGAGGAGGUCUUGGGGUCUGUGUUGGAGGUUGAGGUUGCGCUGGGAACUACAGAGCACAACAAGGGGGAGGGUCUCGAGCAUGCGGCGCCGGGGGUCUGGAGUGAUGGGCUCGACACUGUUCAGACUACGGAGGGCAGAACGUGGAUAAUUGCUAACGUCACAGCGCCUGAGGCUGGUCCUGGCGCUGGUGAACAGAUGAAGGCGAUCUCGGACAAGAUCCAGGCGAUUCUGCGCUCCUCGACCCGCGAGGAAUCUCGGACGACGGCUGAUAUUGUUUUCACUACAGUGCUACUUCGCUCUAUGUCAGAUUUCCCCUUGAUGAACUCCAUCUACAUCUCCAUGUUCAAGAAGCCAAACCCCCCCGCGAGAGCUACAGUGGCCUGCGGUGAUAGCCUACCAGAAGGGGUGAAUGUCAUGGUGUCGGCUGUGGUGGAUUUGGGACCCAGAGAUGACCGGCAAGGCCUUCAUGUUCAGUCUCGCUCCUACUGGGCUCCCGCCAAUAUCGGACCGUAUUCACAGGCCAUGUCGACACCUAUGCAGGGUUUCGAGCAGCUGGUAUACAUUGCUGGGCAGAUUCCUCUCGAGCCGGCCUCGAUGGAGGUUUAUGGUUCCGAGCAAACCUGGUUCAAAGGCUUUUCUUCGCGGGCAGUGCUUUCGCUCCAACAUCUAUGGAGAAUUGGUGCGGCUAUGCACGUGGACUGGUGGUUAGGCGCCGUCGCUUUCCUGGGAGGAGCGGACCACAUCAGCCAGAGAGCCAAGAUCGCCUGGAAUUUGUGGGAGACGAUGCACAGCAGUCAACAAGAGGAAGAAGACGUCGACGACGGGUCGGGUCUGGAUGCUUGGGACCUCAAGUACGGCGGACGAGCCCACGAGCAAGUAAUGGAUGCCUCGAAACCGAAGCUCCCACGGUUCGACGUGGUGCAGUCGGAAGGAUCUGCGGUCCCGGCCUUCUUCGCUGUGCAGGUAGAAGAGUUGCCGCGAGGGAGCGAUAUCGAGUGGCAGGGUCUUGGGCUCCGAUGCGACAAACUCAACAUAACCACCGAAGAGAAAGAGUGUGGACAACAGACUGUAGUGACUACAGGCCACAAUAUGGGCUACAUUGCUAUCGAAGUGAAAGCACAAUCCUCAGGGUCUGGCCUUGAAUCUUGCCUCCGGCCGAUUCUGCAGCAGUUCACGCAAGAACCUAAGAGCCCUCAUGUAACUAUUUAUACAACCCAGCCACUGUCGAAAGACCCAUCCUGGGGCCAAAUCAUUCCUUGCAAAUCGGUUUGGGGCUCGAAGGCGAAAAAAACCCGCUUUCGCCUGUUGAUUCCUCCCGCGAUAACAACUUCCCUGUCAUCCUCUCCUCCAUCUGCGCCCUCCCCAACACACCAUUUAGUCUCACGGCCAAUUCGUUCGAGCCAGGAGGAAGACGGGCUACUUCCUAUUAAAGAUCCUGCAUCGGACCCCGAGGCUUUUGAUAGUUUCCGACAAUUAUCGCGAUCCCCACAUCCUUACGCUCGUCCGGGUUCGCACAGUCCCUCGCUGUCUGCGGAUCCUGGUGACCGAUCAAAGCCUCCCCGCUGGCCCCGGACUUCCAGUGACAGCGGCACAGAAGCAGACGAUGAAAGUACGGGUCUCUUAAGAGGACUACCAGCACCCCCGCUGCGACCGCGCAAAGGAUUGCGCUCGAGUGUUCAUGGUGCAGGCGAGAUUGAUCAGUGGCUCCCGGGAUUGCGCCCGUGGCCGUCGAUAACACGAUCCAUAUCGCGGAGCUCCCGACAAAGCUCUGGAGAUGAUGCGGGGGUAGGGACAGCCGAACUACGGGAACGAGAAUACCGUAGAAAACAAGUAGCUGUCUUACAAAGGCUCCUAGAAACUGCCUUGCUACUCUCUGUGGGUGUUGUCGUUCUAGGACAGGAGGAUGCAAGAGCGGCCGCCUGGGCCUGGCAAAAGGAGCUCGCGGCCUUCUUCUUCCUUGUCAUCGGCCUCUAUACCGCGUACCCUCUGCAUCGUGAUGGCCGCAUGCGACUGUCUCGAUUGUUCACCUUUGUCGUUCCUUCCGCCUUCGAUCCGGCUCCAUUGCUUUAUCCCGUACUGAUACCCAUUUACGUUUCGUUGUCUCUGGCGCAUCACAACCCCUACUUGAUACUACCUAAUAUUCUUCUCAGUCUUUCGUCGCUCCCUGCUCAGAUUGUUCCUCUGCGCGAAUGGGUCCACGGUCAUAGUGUCGUCCAUUGGCUGGUCACGUUGAUCCCGAUUAUCGUUUCUGAGCAUCUAUCGGCCGGUCCUUCAUGGCCGACGCCACUGACUCUUCGCGGCUUGGACGCGGAGGUCCUGACUCUUAUUUUCCCUUUCCAUCAAGCGUUGAUACCCACUCUAGAUUUCCUGUUGACUACCAGCAUCCUUCCCGCAGAACUGCAGCUCCUAACUAUCGCUUUAAUCAACCUCUACUUAUUCGCGGCAUCUCCCCAGGCGGAAAUACUCAAGGCCUUGCUAUGGCUAGGUGGCAUGUGCACCUUCAUCGUUUGCCGGGGGGUUCUUCGAUGGGAAGUUGCUUUAGCUCGAAUCCCGACAUGGAAGUUCCGACGCUCCCCUAGUGCUUCGCAGUCGCCUCGCAGUAUUUUCAAUGUGAUUGAUCACAAACUUUGUCAAAAGCUCAGCAGAACAGGGUCCUCAGAUGAUACACUUUCUGAUAGUGACUCGCCUGACGGACACUUCGUGCUUGUCUCUCGCAAAACAAUGUUUGAUCCGCGGGAGAAAACGCCAUCUCAAGGGCUCAGUGUCACUAAGCAGACCAAGGGCCUGAAUGGUACACGCCGGCGAUCCAGGACUGCGCAUCGUCGACGACAUACCUUUUCGAGCCUCGAUGAUGUCAAGCGGGCAGAGAAAGUCAGGACUACACCGGGAGGCCGGAAAAAGCGAUCAAUGGCUCCCGGGCUUGCCUCUUUUCUGUCGCUCACUGUACCCCAAGCUCAAGUACGGAAAUGGUUGUAUGCCCUGUAUAUCUACCUCGCUAUUUUGACCAUCAUUAUGGUCCCCAUUCGGCAUUACGUCAGUGGUCAAGCAUUGCAGAAAAGGGAGCCAUUCGGGUGGGCGCUUGGUUACCUUUUUGGCAAUAUUUCUGCGUUCAGAUUCUGGGUCCUCAUGUGGGGUCUGGAAUACUGGAUACCUCUCCCGGCUCGCCUAGAUGGCGACCUAUCGAACGCCUCCUGUGCUCUCGGCUGGGUUGAGCAUCUCCGGCAGGAUACAUUCGGGGAGGCUAAUUCGCGUCUCCUGAUUGCUGCCUAUUGCGUUCUGGUACUGGUAACCGGCUUGGCUGUUGUGUUACAACUCAGUCCAAUCGCAGAGGUCGACACCCGACGCAAGGUUUUCCAUGGGAUGAUGGUCUUAAUGUUCCUUCCGACCAUUUACAUUGACCCCCUGUUCUGUGCUCUCGCAUUGAGCCUCGCCUUGGCUAUCUUCCUGCUCCUCGACUUGUUCCGAGCCUCUCAGCUGCCACCGAUCUCCCGGCCAUUGACGUAUUUCCUAGCGCCCUACGUGGACGGUCGCGAUCAUCGUGGUCCUGUCAUUGUCUCCCAUAUCUUCCUUCUCAUUGGAUGCUCUAUUCCACUAUGGCUCUCACUGGCCGAUGUAUCUCGGAUAGGAGAAUAUCCGUGGGAGGGCUGGAAUUCAAUGACUCGCGACGUCAGCAUGGUGAGCGGCAUUAUAUGUGUCGGCAUGGGAGACGCGGCGGCCUCCCUCAUCGGUCGCCGGGUCGGCCGGCGAAAAUGGUUCUGGGGCGGGGGGAAAUCGUUGGAGGGCAGCGUGGCUUUUGCAGUCGCUGUAACCAGCGGGCUGAUCCUUGCACGGACUUGGCUUACCCUGGGCCAAUGGCACACGGACGGACGCGACGAAGCGAAUCUCGUAUACCCCUGGCUGCUAAUAGUUUUUAAAGCCAUUCUCGCAGCCGGUGGGACCAGCGCAACCGAAGCGAUUCUGACCGGGUGCAAUGAUAAUGUUGUUGUCCCAAUUGUGCUGUGGCUGUUAGUGAGAGGGCUCGGUAUCUGA